UUGGCAUUUGCGGCAGUUAUAGAUUGUCAACGACCGCCUCAAUUAGUGGAUCCUGCGACCUGCUGUAAAGAUGGCGGUCGAGAUGAUGUUACAGAAAAAUGUGCCCUUCGUAUGGGCAUUACUGGUCAGCCGACAGAUCCACAGCCAAGUGUUGCAACAGCUACAUGUUUAGCCCAGUGUAUUCUAACUGAAUCGAAAUAUAUGACAAAAGCUGAUAGUAUCGAUCUAAAUGUCAUACGUACAGAUUUACAAAUGAAAUUCUCAAAUGAUUCCGAAUAUGCUAAUGUAAUGUUGGAAGCGUUCCGCAAAUGUCAACCCAAUACGGAGAGAAAAUUGCAGGCAUUUAAACAACUGCCAAUGGGUCGUAGUAUUCUGCAAAGGGGUUGCAGUCCAUUUGCUGGAAUGCUGUUGGGUUGCACGUAUAUGGAAUACUUUAAAAAUUGUCCAGCUAAUCGUUGGGCAGAGAGUGCCGAAUGUUCACUGGCCAAACAAUUUGUGACGCAGUGUUCGUUAGGUGCCUAA